AUGAUGUUCUUGGUCACUAUUCCAAUUACAACUGUACUGACUACAAUUGCUAUGCUUUUGCCGUAUUGGUGGUCUUCGGAGACAUUUCAAGUCGGCCUUUGGCGCGCACAUUCGCUCCCAUCGGUGUGGACAACUGUUGAGCCACAAAUUGAUACCCAAGAAGGUCGUCUACUAUUCAUUCUUCAACAUCUCUCUCUGGUUUCUGCCUUAUUAACUGACUUAAGUUGUCUUAUCUGGUUUAUUACUCUUAUACGUCGUACUUAUCAUACAUCAUUACAUUCACUUUUAACUCAACUUUGUCUCACCAUUUUAACGUAUUUUUGUCUAUCAACAAUGAUCUUUUUCGUAUGGACAACAACAAAAUACACCUUCAAUACUAUUCACCUAUCAUAUUCUUUCUAUUUAACGUUAUUUAUUCUCCUAUUGCAUACCGUAACACUGAUCAGCCUUACGUUGAACUUGGCACAAUAUCGAGCACAUCAUCAUUCGAUUCAGCCAUUUCAAAUCAACAGCAAAGUGUCUAUGGCAUUUAAUGAUCCUCUUGUAUAA